AUGAGCUGGUGGCCGUUCUCGUCAUCCUCGCGCGGCGACGAGAUCCGCUCCGGCACGGCCAUACCCACGCGCCAGGAGCGCGCGGUGUGCUGGGCCGCCCGCGACGCAUACUUUGCCUGCCUCGACGCCCACGACAUCCUCGACGCCAACAAGGACGCCGCCGCCGCGAGGCGCGCGUGUCCCCGCCAGAGCGACGAUUUCGAGCGCGACUGCGCAGCCGCCUGGGUCAAGUACUUCAAGCAGUGGCGGGUGGCGGAUAUCCAGAAGAAGAGGCGGCUGGAGGAGCUGAGGAAGCAGGGCGCGCAGGAGAUGGAGGUGUCGACGACGUUUGCGCCGGAUGGGGGUGCCGGGGCGAAGGGCACGGGGAAGGAGGAUAUCCAGGAUAUGUUGGAGAGGAAAAAGGCGAGGUAG